AUGUCGCCUUACACAAGCACUGGUGGCGGGCGCGCGCCCAAUGUGUCUCGCUAUCUGCGUGACUUGAACACCGUCAAGGAGCCCGGUUCCGCUGAGGAGAACUUCACCUUCGAGGACGACCUCGCCAUGUUCACAAACACCCAAUUUUUCGACUUCGAGACUGGCCAGCACACCGACUACCAGGCACCGCCCAAAAAGACCGAGACCGCUGCCGUUGCUGAGCCCCAGGCUCCAUCCAGCGCCGUCACCGAAGAAUUGACAUCUCCCAUUGGCGACUUUGGCAACGUCGACUUUUCCCUGCCAGCUAUGGGCACAACCACUUGA